AUGGAGAAUGUGGAACAUCUGGAAAGUUACCGAGCCUGUGCUGAACAUAAUGAUUUGAACAGUUUUGAAAAUAGGUCUUCCAGUUCUGGUGAUCAUCCAAAAAUUUAUGUGGGAAAAAACCCAUCCAGAUAUAAGAAGCUUGGGAACACGUUUAGUCAGUCAUCAGGAACACAUAUACAUAAGACAAUCUGUAGUGGAGAGAAACCUUACAAAAGUAAAGAAUACAGCACAGACUUUAAAUUGCCUUCGACCCUUACUCACCAUCACAGAAUUCAUACUGGAGAGAAACCUUACCAAUGUCAAGAAUGUGGCAAGACCUUUAACCACAGAUCAAACCUUACUCAACAUCACAGAAUUCAUACCGGAGAGAAACCUCACCAAUGUCAAGAAUGUGGGAAGGCCUUUAGUCAGUCUUCACAACUUACUCAACAUCACAGAAUUCAUACUGGAGAGAAACCUUACCAAUGUCAAGAAUGUGGCAAGACCUUUAAGCGGAUGUCAUCCCUUACUGAACAUCACAGAAUUCAUACUGGAGAGAAACCUUACAAAUGUGCAGAAUGUGGAAAGGCCUUUAGGGGGCAGUCAAACCUUCUUGUACAUCGCAAAAUUCAUUUUAGAGUGAAACCUUACAAAUGUGCAGAAUGUGGAAAGGCCUUUAGGCGGCAGUCAAAGCUUCUUGAACAUCGCAGAAUUCUUUUUAGAGAGAAACCUUACAAAUGUCAAGAGUGUGGGAAGGCCUUGAAGCAUUGCUCAAUCCUUAUUCACCAUCACAGAAUUCAUACUCCUGAGAAACCUUACAGAUGUAAAGAAUGUGGGAAGGUCUUCAAGCAGCUCUCAGCCCUUACUCACCAUCACGGAAUUCAUACUGGAGAGAAGAAUUACAAAUGUAAAGACUGUGGCAAGGCCUUUAGCAGGCAUUCAAGCCGUAGUCAAUACCACAAAAUCCAUACUGGAGAGAAGCCUUACAAAUGUAAAGGAUUUUGCAAGGCCUUUAUCUGUAAAGCAGGCCUUACUACACAUCACAGAGUUCAUACUGGAGAGAAACCAUAUAAUUGUGAAGAAUGUGGCAAGGCCUUUACCCAUCAAUCAACCCUUACUAAUCAUCACAGAGUUCAUAUUGGAGAGAAACCUCACAAAUGUGUAGAAUGUAGCAAGGCCUUUAAGCAGGAAUCCAGCCUUACUCGACAUCACAGAAUACAUAUUGGAGAGAAAUCUUAUAAUUGUGAAGAAUGUGGCAAGGUCUUUAUGUUCCAUUCAGGCCUUACUCGACAUCAGAGAAUUCAUUCUGGUGAGAAACCUUAUAGAUGUCAAGUAUGUGGCAAGGUCUUUAAGUGGCAUGCAUCCCUUCCCAUAUGUCACUUAAGUCAUACUGGAGUAAAGCCUUAGAAAUGUAAAGAAUGUGGCCAGGGCUUUAUCCAGCAGUCACACCUUACAGAACAUCACAGAAUUCCUACUGGAACUAGUCCUAACAAAUGUAAAGAAUGUGGCAAGACCUUUAGAAUCGCUUUGCCGACCAAUACCCAAGGAGGAAGUGAAGAAGAAAUGGCCCUUUCUCAGGGACAGCUGACCUUCAGAGAUGUGGCCAUAGAAUUCUCAGAGGAGGAGUGGAGAUGCCUGACUCACACUCAACGGCAACUGUACCGGGAUAUGAUGUUGGAGAACUAUAGACACCUCCUCUUCCUCGGUGAGAAUGACUCCUUCCAGAUUUCCCAGAACACACUCAGGGUUUCAUUCUCCUUUGAAGACUGUCUCUUGGAUGAUUCCUCCUUGUAUAACUGGAGAUCAGGCCACUGCACUAAGGAACACAAGUAA